AUAAACUAAAAUAUACCAUCUGUAACUUGGCAAGGCACUGACUAACCUAACCGAAAGAUCUACUGUCAAAUCAUUUCUUUCCUUACUAAAAAAUGGAUAAAAUCGCUGAGAACUCGAACAAUCCGUAUGAUAUUAAUGGACAACAUUUUAAUCCCGACAUGUAUUUUCAAAAAUUAUUAAAAGAAUGUACGUUAAAACAAAUUAUGGACCAUGAAGCAGAUAUUAUAAAAAAUACACAGAUACUGCAUUCAGAUAUGCAGACUUUAGUGUAUGAAAAUUAUAAUAAAUUUAUAUCUGCCACAGAUACUAUCAGAAAGAUGAAAACUGAUUUCAAAGAAAUGGAAGAAAGUAUGGAUUUAUUAGCGAAAAACAUGGAUAGCAUCACUUCAUUUUCAGAACAGAUUUCAUCAACGUUACACGGCACCAGACAACAAAUUGCCAAGCUGUCCUCUGUCCAUGCUUUAUUAAAGAAGUUACAGUUUCUAUUUAAGCUGCCUGGCAAUUUGAAAGACAAAAUGAACGAAGAGAAUUAUGCACAGGCAGUACAAGAUUACAUACAUGCGCAACGUGUAUUAAAUCAGUAUGGCAAUAUGCCGUCAUUUCAAGGAAUACAGAAAGACUGCGAAGAUAUCGUAGAAGAAUUAAAAUCGAGGCUCAGGAUGCAGUUUCAUAAAAGAGAUGCGUCUACUAAAUCUUUAGCUGAAAACGUAGAUCUUCUAUUACAGUUAAAAGAACCAGCUGAUUCUCUGUGUGCUGAAUUCCUAACGCAUGCGAAUGAAAGGCUAAACGAGCAAUUGAAUGUUCUAAAGGAUAUGUAUGAAAACGACAUCACCGAAUUUGUCGACAUGGCUAGUUCGGGAUUUCUUAGCGAUUUGUGUCUGAUAGUCGCAUCCUACAACGAUAUGUUCAUAAACCGACUGCCAUCGGAAGAUAACGAAUUCGCUGACGAUUUCGAUACGAAAGCCUUAGUACGUUUAAACAGUUUCAUCAUGAAGAACAUGAAAAAAUAUUUCGAUAUAAUUGGGAAACGAGUAGAGAACGUAGCGGACACGGCUGUCUUAGUUAGAGCGCUCGAUAAAUUCCAUAGAAAAUUGCAAGCUAUGAAUAUGCUCUGCAGAGAAGCAGACUUCGCCAGAAUAGGUACAGAUAUCGUAAUCAAUGCUGGCAGAAAACAAUGUCGUAAUCAUUUAGAAAGUUUGAAAUCUCAUUUGAACGAAACGCUUGGUAAAGUUAAGCAAAUAUUAACAACGAAAGUUUCUCAGGAAGGAGAUGGUAGCUUGGCAGAACUUCAAUCGUUGCUUAUAAUGCCUACUAUUGAAAAAGUUAAAGGUGUUCUACAGGAUUUACUGGUGUUUUUACAACCAGAUUUAUCUUUUAGCUUAAAAACGCAAUUCCUCCAAAACUUUUGCGUGGACGAAGUUAGAGAAGGCCUAGUUGUUGGAUUUUUACAUUAUCUAGUGGUCACUGCGAGCGGAUUUUGUACUGGAUCCGAUGCUCCAAAAUUCCCACCUACUCUUUUGCUCUUAUUGAGUAAAAUGUGUAUCGAGUUCAAAGACACUAAUGUUAAAUAUUUGCUUAAUACCAUGGAUGAUCUGUUCAAUAUUGAUCAAUACACAUCGUCUGAGAACGUAAUCACUACCGAGUUGGAGAUAUGCGACAAGUUCCAAGAAGCAGCUCAAAACUUAUUAAACCAUUACGUUCGCAUUCAAGGCUUAGCGGUGUCACAGAUGUUAAGAAAAUCGGUUGAAACGAGGGACUGGUUACACACGAUCGAACCAAGGACAGUUAGAGCAGUAAUGAAAAGGGUCGUAGAAGAUGUUACGUUAAUCGAUACUCAAGUCGCUGCAUUGUAUGACGACUCCGACGGUCAAGUCGACAGGAGCAGCGACAGCAGUAGGAAAACUCAUAGUGUGAGUGUAUCGAGGCAUCACUACAGAUCUAGUUGGUCUUCGUACACGCCUAGUCACAUGGACUCGUCGUUAGUGACGAAUAUCCAUAAGUUAUUUUCAGAACGUAUCGAAAUCUUCUCGUCGGUACAAUUCAAUAAAGCUUCGAUUCUUACGGGGAUCAUCAAGAUAAGUUUGAAGACUUUCCUAGAAUGUGUCAGAUUACGAACGUUCAGUAAAUACGGACUCCAGCAAAUACAAGUGGACACUCAUUAUUUACAACUCUAUUUGUGGAGAUUCGUUUCGGACGAAAAUGUUGUUCAUUUUCUAUUGGACGAGAUACUUGGGAGUGCUGUACACAGAUGUUUGGAACCGGUUUUAAUGGAACCGAGCGUGGUUGAUAUUAUUUGCGAACGAGGAUGAAGCAUUAUACAUUCCUUUACGUAUUAUCAUUUGUAAAAAUUAGUAUAAAUAUAAAUAAAGUCUCCGAUAUCUUGUAUAUUCUUGUACAUUUUACGGUGAAAUAAAUUUUAUGAUAAAUCUCGAAAUAA